AAAUUCCCCAUCAAAAGUGUCUUAUAAAUACUUGCUCCAACUUCAUUCAUUUUCAUAUAACAUAAGCAAUCUCAAAUACCACAACCCACGUCUUCUUCUCCUUCAAUCUUCAAUCUUUGUUUGAGUCAUAACAAUGGCUGAUGAAUUGAUUCUCUUGGAGUUCUGGCCCAGCCCUUUUGCACAGAGGGUGAAAAUUGCCUUGGCUGAGAAAGGCAUAGACUAUGAGUCCAAAGAAGAGAACUUGUUGAUCAAUGGGAAGAGUCCUCUGCUCCUAAACAUGAACCCUAUUAAUAAGCAAAUUCCAGUUUUGAUCCAUAAUGGGAAACCGAUAUGCGAGUCCCUCGUCAUAGUUCAAUACAUUGAUGAGCUCUGGAAUGAUAAAUCUCCUUUCUUGCCUUGCGAUCCUUACAAGCGCGCCCAAGCAAGGUUCUGGGCUGACUACAUUGACAAGAAGAUAUUUAGCAAUGGAAGGAAGUUAGGUAUGAGCAAGGGUGAAACCCAAGAAGAAGCAAAGAAGGAACUCUUAGAGUGCUACAAACUAUUGGAAGCAGAGCUAGGAGAGAAGACUUAUUUUGGGGGAGAGACCUUUGGUUUUGUGGACAUUGCUCUCAUACCCUUUUACGCUACGUUUUACAUCUACAAGAAACUUGGCAACCUUAACAUUGAGGAAGAGUGCCCUCAAAUUGUGGCAUGGGGUAAGAGGUGCAUGGAGAGGGAGACUGUGUCCAAGACUCUUCCAGACCCGUACAAGCUCUAUGACUUCUUCCUGGAGCUCGCAAAGAUGCUUGGUGGUCUGUAAAAUUCCAGAAGAUCAAGAACUGCUUUAUGAAGACAUAAUAAGAGAGAGAUAUAAAACUUAUCUCAUACAGUUAAUUAAUUACCAUUUGUAUUUCUCUCUCUCACUUCUAUUCUCUCUCUCUUUUUUGGACUUUAGCUUUGUUGAGAUUUGUGUUGUUUUUGUUACAUUGACAAUA